CAACCUAUUGCACUUUUCGUGUGAUUUAACGCACACAAUAAUAAAAUGGAAGACGUCCUAGACGAAGUCGUUUCUUCGGAAGAUUUGAAGAAAUUCGAACGUGUAUAUCAUGAACAGUUACACGUAUCAGGUGUGACUCAGAAAGCUCAGUUUGAGUACGCAUGGUGUCUUGUCAGAAGCAAAUAUCCAGCUGAUAUCAGAAAGGGCAUAGUACUGUUAGAAGAUCUUUACAGUAAUCAUGGUGAAAGCGGAAAGCGAGAUUGCUUAUAUUAUUUAGCUAUUGGUAAUGCAAGAAUAAGGGAGUAUUCGAAAGCUUUGUCAUAUGUCAGAGCUUUCCUUCAAGUUGAACCCGCCAACGAACAAGUUCAACAGCUAGAGAGGUUAAUAAAGAAAAGGAUGGAAAAAGAAGGUCUUUACGGUAUAGCUGUGGCGGGAGGUGUAAUUAUCGGUGUUGCGAGUGUCCUAGGACUCGGAAUCGCAAUGGCUAAAAAGAAUUAAUCCUAUAUAUAAUAAUAUUCGUGAAUUGCGUGUGAUGUGAGAAAAAAUAGUUCAUUUCGUGGAGAGUGAAAUUUCGCUAAAAGAAAAGAAAAGAAAAAAAAAUUGAAAAAGAAAAACGAAAAAUGAAAUAAGAAUUAUGAUUGAGACAGACACCGGAAACGAGUAUUCGAAUAUGCUUUUGACGUAUGACAAAUGUACGUUAUAGUUUCCCCAAAUGAUUUUCUAAAUAUAUAUAUAUAGAGAGAGAGAGAAACAAAAAAGAGUAAAUGAAGUAAAAAGAAGUGAAAUAAAAAUUGCUGUACUGUGUGAUAGUAAAAACUAAAGCAGCGGUGUCUUAGAUUCUUUAUCUUUUUAAAAUACCGAAUUAGAAAUUAGCGUACGACAGUCGAAUUAUUUUUAAUUCUAAGAUUCAUAUAUUGCUAUAAUAUAUAUUAUUUAUAUUUAUAUUUAGGAAUAUAAACCACCAUAUCUUGUCGUACGUAUUGUACGGGGGGAAAAAAGAAGAAGAAAAGAAAAAAAAAUAAAAAUUUUUUUUUUAACAAAAAAGAAAAAAGGCUUGGAAAAACAUUCCGAAAAAUUUUACAUCGUUAAUCAAUAUAUUUUCACACUUUUUUUUUAAUUUAUUCGAUAUUUAUAGCUUUUUUUGUGUGAGUAUCCCUUUUGUUUAAGUUUGUUUCUAAUUAAAAAAAAACUCGCCUAAACUUCAUCCAACUACUACUAAAAAAAGCCACAUGAUACGAGCUUGAUACCAAAGCCACAGUGUGUGUAAGCAUAGCUUUUGUACAUAAGAUUGAGAAAAAAAGAAAACUAUGUAUUGAACUAAAUAUUUAAAACUGUAUUGUUAUCUCGAACCUUUAAUAAAGAUAAAUGUUAUUGUCUUAU